CAGACUCGCUGGAGCACACAAGCUUGCACUUCGAGUCACCACAACACGUACCACAUCAUGUCUGCCUACAACAUGGAAGGCUCCCCGGCGCCAGCGGCCAAGGAUGGUGACUCGAAGAAGAUCAGCUUCCGUUUCUGUCGCGAGUGCUCCAACAUGUUGUACCCGAAAGAAGAUCGCAUGAGCAACACGCUCAUGUUCGCAUGUCGCACCUGCCAGUUCAGCGAACCGGCGACUGCAUCUUGUAUCUGGCGCAACUCGCUCAAGGAGGAUGUGCAAGAGACGGCCGGCAACGUGGACGACGUUGCCCAGGAUCCAACGCUCCCACAUGCCGAGGAAGAAUGCAAGAAGUGCGGCGCACGCGAUGCCGUGUACUUUCAGUCGCAACAGCGGACUGCUGAGACUGGAAUGGCUCUCUUCUAUGUCUGCUGCGAAUGCCAGAACGUUUGGUCAACUCUUGAUGCUAAGAAGUAGAGUGGUACGACUCCAGCGCAUCAUCAUCACACCGAUGAGCGACGUCCCUAAUAGCUUUGCAGGCUUUGAAUCAGGGAGCGACGAAAUGAAGGCUUGGCUGAUGAAGGGUGUGCCAAUCCCCAAAGGACCAGUGCGUCCUGUAUUCCAGGAGAACAUUAUGAACGAUUUCGCGGCAUUGCCGAGGACGCCUUACCUACCCAUGGGUAAAGAAGCGCCGACCUGCUUCUCAUCUCCCGCUCGUCCUCGAUCGACUGUGGAGGGUCCUUUGGAGCAGGUUGAACCCGUUCGGGAGGUAGUUACACUUCAGCCCGCACCGCAGAGGCGGAGAAAGCUAUCGCACAUACAGGAUACACCAAAACCCGAAUAGCGCUUGGCAAUCAUGGAGGCUUAGGCUAUAAAGAAGUAAAUUGGCCUGCGAGAGAUGCCAGGCUCGGCCCACCGAGGCUCAUAAGAGAGCACAGAAUUUAGUAGAUCAACGAGGACGCAACCAUUCCAGUCAACGUAGCUUCAUACCGGUCUUGAGCUCGGGGCCGCUUUCUCGCAAUGUUCGGCAGUAGACACAGUGCAAUGCAUACUCACGUGACCUGGUCUGGUUGCUGCUUUGUUCUUACCACCAGAUUCUGUCGUUGCACCUAACAUUCCACUUGAUGGCUGUGCUCACUGCGCCCCACGCCGGUCAGCUGCAUCCUGCAACGUCACAUGUCGUUAUGGACUUACAAGAAGAUGUGGCGGCCCCGACUGCGAGGUGAAUACUGCAGCAACCGACAGAUCACACACACGACCAGCAAUCAUGAUACCAAGUGUGUCUG